UGACCUAAAUUGAUAAGCAAGUUUUGAUGGUCACGGAAAGGAUGCUCUUGCUUGUAGUUGUUUAGUUAGUUACUCGUAUGGCCGAUGUUCCUUCUUUAUCUCCAAAAUGAAUUAGAUUUAUGAUUUUUAUUGUUCCAGACAAUUUUCAGUUAUAAAAAUAUUUAAAUUCCUUUAUUCUUUUAGGAAGCACUUCUUACUUCUUCACGCCUACUAUACACCGAAUCAUAAGAGACUUUGUCUUCCAAUUCAUAAUCUUGUCUUCUCAAUUUUCUCUUCUGCGAUUUGACUUUUGGAGCAAGUUUUAAUCUUCAUCUCCGUCUUUCCAGAAUUUUGUUACCUGUUGGCGGCAGAUGGUUUCUCUGAUUUUACGUGUCAGAAACUAAGACAUAAGUAAUUGAUCGCUUGUUUAACUCUCAAAUUGAGGGCUUUUUCUUCUUGUGGGGAUAAGAUGAGCUCGAAUGUCACUGGUGGGUACAUAUGUAGAGGGAAGCUGUUGAUUCACAUUGCUGAAAAUGGACAUUCAUAUGAGCUGGAUUGUGAUGAUUCGACUGUUGUCGAGUCAGUUCAAAGGUUUAUUGAGUCAAUGGCUGGAAUUCAAUUCAGUGAUCAGCUUCUUUUAUGUGGGGAUAUGAAGCUCGAGUCUAAUGAGGUGCUUGGGGCUUAUAAACUACCAUCUGAUGAACAAGAAGUAUUCUGUUUCAAUAAGGCGCGAUUGCAAGCAAAUGCUAUACCUCCUUCUCCUGAACAAAUUGAAAUUCAUGUCGUUCCUGAACCGACACCAUCAACUUCAAACCAUGAUCCUCACCCGUUGGAUAAUGCUGUGGAUCCUGCACUUAAGGCAUUACCAUCCUAUGAAAGACAGUUUCGAUAUCAUUAUCAUUGUGGUCAUGCCAUAUACACCAGGACUAUGGAGAAAAUUGAAAUUUGUGAGAGGCUUUUGAGUGAGCAGAAAGUGCAGGAAAGGGCAAUAGAGAUUGCCCGGCAUAAUUUGGAUUACUUUUUUAGAAUAUUAAAUCAAAAUUAUAUGGAUUUUCUUAAGUGUUAUUCUCAACAGCAUCGUGUACAUUCUGAUUUGUUGUUGAAUUUUAAUCGUUACAUUGAAAAGUUAAGGUCUUGUAUGAUUAUCCCAGCUCUACAAACAUCCACUCGAAAAUGUUUGUUGGAUCUGGUAAAAGAAGAAAACUUGGCGAAAUGGGUUGAGAAUUGUACUUGUUCUCACAAACAAUUUGAGAACAAGGUUUCACAAUUUAAGCAUGUGUUUGGAAAGCUGAGGCAUGAUGUCGAACAUCUAUUUUCAAGCAAAGCUUCAUUGCCAAUCAGGGAUUUAGAAAUGAUGAUCAAGGAACAUUAUUGCCACAUCAAUGAACAGAAGAGUAUUAUGCUGUCUUUGAGUAAGGAUGUCAGCACAGUGAAGAAACUGGUAGAUGAUUGUUUAUCAAGCCAGUUGUCCUCUUCUCUCCGUCCUCAUGAUGCUGUUUCUGCCUUGGGUCCUAUGUAUGAUGUCCAUGACAAAAAUCAUCUUCCGAAAAUGACAGCCUGUGAUAGUUCAAUUUCUGACCUUCUUGAUUAUUGCACAAAUAAAAAGAACGACAUGAAUAUGUUUGUUCACAAUUACAUGCAAAAGAUUGCAUAUAUUCAACAUACUAUAAAGGAUGUUCGUUUGCAAUUUAAUGCUUUCUCGGAAGCAGUAAAACGGCAGGACGCUGUAUUUGAGGGCUUAAAGGUGGUUCGUGGAAUUGGCCCCGCUUAUAGGGCAUGUCUUGCAGAAAUAGUGAGAAGAAAGGCUUCGAUGAAGCUUUACAUGGGCAUGGCAGGACAAUUGGCUGAAAAACUUGCUACAAAGAGGGAAGAGGAGGUGAGGAGACGAGAGGAAUUUUUGAAAUCACAAAGCCCAUAUAUACCAAGGGAUAUAUUAGCUGCCAUGGGAUUAUUUGAUACGCCCAGUCAAUGUGAUGUCAAUAUAGUUCCUUUUGACACUAGCUUGCUUGACAUUGACAUUAGGGAUAUUGAGUGUUAUGCUCCCGAGUCUUUGGUUGGAUUACCAUUCAAGAGUGAGAAAGCAGGAACUUCAAGGACCUCACUUUCUAUAUCUACAAAUAGUUUUCCAUUAGAUGUUGAAGGAAAUGCUGCUUCUACCCCUGAAGGGCACGAGUCUCAGGACCUCUUUGAUGUCUGUGACUUGGUAGACAUUGCUGGAACUAGUAAAAUGGAGGUUGAAAAUGCAAAACUGAGAGCUGACCUUGCUUCUGCAAUCGCGCGUAUGUGCUCAUUCAGCUCUGAUGUGGAUCAUGAAUCUAUUGAUGAUAGUAAGGUAGAUAGUUUGCUAAAAGACGCUGUGGACAAAACUAAUGAAGCACUGCUACAGAAGGAUGAGUACAUAAAGCAUCUUGAGUCAAUGUUGAAGACCAGACAAAAGCAGUGUCAAUCCUAUGAAAAGCGCAUCGAAGAGUUGGCUCAGCAAUUAUCUGAGCAAUAUAUGCAGGCAAGGAAGUGUUUGGGCAAUAAUGAUGCUGCUUUCUCAAAGGCAGAUGAUUGCAGGUCUGAAAUUCUGGAUCAAGUGGAAAGACAACUAGCUUGUCGACCUAGUGAUCUCAUGGAUGAGAUUUCUUGUACAUCUAACGUGGCUGAUUCAAAGGAUGAACUAUUGCCUAGGAUGAGUAGAAAAUCCCAAGAAGUAGAUGAGAACAUGACUGACUCUUCUGGAAUGCAGAAUCCUCAAUUAGACUCAUCUAUGAUGGAUCCGCAACGUGAUGAGCAGCUGCUUGAAGCUAAAGUUGAGAAUAAGAUGCUCGGGCAGCUAAGUGCUACGUCACCUUGUGACGUUGCCACAGGUUCUUCAGAUGUCUUGCCUUCUAAGGCUUCUUCUGACCCAAGUCUGAAUGCUGCAAAGGCCAAUGCUGAGCUUGUGCUGGAACUGCAAAUUGCACUUGAAAAUAAAGCAAACCAGCUGACUGAAACUGAAAGUAGGCUUACAUCUGCGUUGGAUGAUAUUUCUAGGCUUGGCUUAGAGUUAGAAAAUAGCAGGAAGCUGCUAGAUGAAUCACAGAUGAAUUGUGCUCAUCUUGAGAACUGUCUGCAUGAAGCUAGGCAAGAAGCUCAAACCCACCUUUGUGCUGCUGACAGGAGAGCUUCAGAAUACAACAAAUUACGUGCAUCUGCUGUGAAAAUGCGUGGCCUUUUUGAAAGACUUAGGUCCUGUGUCAAUGCUUCUGGGGGAGUUGCUGGUUUUGCUGAUGCGCUUAAUUCCUUAGCUCAAUCUCUUGCCAGUUCUGCUAGCGACGUUGAAGAUGAUGGUACUGCUGAGUUUCGUACAUGUAUCAGAGUCCUCGCUGAUAAAGUUGGUAUUUUAUCAAGGCAACGCACGGAGCUGCUUGAUAGGAGUUCAAAGGCUGAAGCUGCAAGCAAGCAACUUUCAAAGGAUUUGGAAGAGAGGAAAGAAUUAGUCAAAACAUUAUACACAAAGCAUCAACUUGAGAAACAGGCAAAUAAGGAAAAGAUCUCCUUUUGCCGUUUUGAGGUCCACGAGAUUGCAGCCUUCAUCCUGAAUUCAUGGGGGCAGUAUGAGGCAAUAAGCCGGAACUGCCCAAACUAUUUCCUCUCACCAGAAUCUGUGGCCUUAUUCACGGACCAUCUUCCAAUUCGCCCUGCCUAUAUCAUCGGGCAGAUUGUCCACAUCGAACGAUGUAUUGUGAAACCCCGACCUGGAGUGUCGAGGCCUGAGCACAACAUUGGAGGGCAUCAGUCUGAUUGCAUAACAUCAUCAUCCGACACCAUUGCCAGCCGUCUUCCUGUUGGAUGUGAAUACUUCAUCGUAACAGUUGCUAUGCUACCCGAUACAACUAUUCAUUCGUCGCUGCCUUCCUGAUCUCUGGCAUCUUUCCUUUUAGACAUGAUGGAAGUAGGGAUAAUAAAAGUGUACAAAUUUAAAGAAAAAAAUGAACAAAAAAAAGAAUUGUAAAUUAUGUAUUAUAUAAUGUGAAACUUUGAAACAUUCAAAUCAUUCUCCUUUAUUUGGAUCUCUGUACAGUUGAAUGAUGACCUUUGUCUAAAC